AUGGAACCUCACGGAAAAGCCCACCAGAAAGAGCAUCACGAAGAUGCUGUCUCUCCGGAUCCAGUUCCCUUGUCAAAGUAUUCGAACAGAGUCGAGUUAAAGACUCUCCUCGAACGAAUCGACGGCGGCGCAGGAUUAGCCGGGAAAAGGGUAGUCAUCGGUGGUUGGGUGAAGUCUUCUAGAGCUGUAAAGAAAGACUCUUUACCGGCGGCAGUUUUCGUCCCGCCGCCGUCGAGCGGCGGGAGUCAAGCUUCUCCGACGCCGAGCGUCAGCUGCACGGAGAUAAUCAACUCGAAGAUGAAUAUUUUCAGAAAGCUUUUCGAUGUCUUGAGCGGCGGUGGAAAGACUUACCCUAUCUUUGAUAAACAUGAUCUCCCCUGUCAGAAGGCCACGUCAUCACCUGAAUAUAUUAUACACUUUCAGAUUAGUGAUGGCUCCUCUGUCUCCACUCUCCAGGUUAUUGUUGAUUCUGUGUUGUCGAGUGUUCCAGCAACUCAGCUUAUGUCUCUAGGGACAUGUAUUGUAGCAGAAGGUGUGUUGAGACAACCAUUGUCUGCUUCUGCAAAGCACGUUAUCGAGCUUGAGGCAGAGAAGCUUCUUCAUGUAGGAACAGUGGAUCCAGAAAACUAUCCACUCUCCAAGAAACAGCUUCCUCUUCAUAUGCUUAGAGACUUCUCUCAUUUCAGACCUCGCACAACCACGGUUGGGUCGGUGACUCGAAUCCACAGUGCAUUAACCUUAGCUAGCCACACGUUCCUUCAGCAAAAUGGGUUUCAGUAUGUUCAAGUACCUGUUAUCACAACUACUGGAGUUGGCGAGAUGUUUAGUGUCACUACUCUUUUAGUUGAAACUGAUGAUAAAGACGAGAAGAAGCAUGUCAAUGAAAAAGUUGAUUCAGUUAAGGCUGCGGUAAAGGAGAAGACUAGGCUAAUUGAUCAUCUUAAAAGAUCUGACAGCAACAGAGAAGCUGUAGUUGCUGCGGAACACGACUUGAAGAAAACGAAUGAUCUUGCAUCUCAGCUUGAGAUGAAACAAAAACCAAAGGCAGAAGGAGCAACUCAUAUAAAACCUGACAAAGAUUUCUUUGGUUGUGACACUUAUCUGACUGUUUCUGGGAGGUUUCAUCUUGAGAGCUAUGCUUCUGCACUUGGAAAAGUCUAUACCUUUGGACCAAGAUUCGUAGCUGAUAAAAUCGAUAGUACAAGGCAUUUGGCUGAGAUGUGGAAUGUGGAGACUGAGAUAGCUUUCUCUGAAUUAGAUGAUGCUAUGGAUUGUGCUGAUGAGUUCUUCAAGUUCCUCUGCAAGUAUCUUCUUGAAAAUCGUCAUGAAGACAUGAAAUUCAUAUCUAAACGUGUAGACAAGACCAUCACCACACGUCUUGAAGCAACAGCUUCAAAUUCUAUUUUGAGAUUCUCAUAUACUGAAGCUAUUAGCCUUCUGCAAAAGGCAACCACUAGAACAUUUGAAACCAAGCCUGAGUGGGGCGUUGCUUUAACAGAAGAGCAUCUCAGUUACCUAACUGAUGAGAUCUACAAGGGUUGUGUAAUUAUACAUAGUUACCCAAAAGAGGUUAAACCGUUUUACACACGGUUGAAUGAAGACAAGAAGACUGUAGCAGCAUUUGAUCUGGUGGUACCAAAGGUUGGUGUUGUGAUCACAGGGAGCCAAAACGAAGAACGGUUUGAGAUUUUGGAUGCGAGGAUCAGUGAAUAUGGAUUGAAAACAAAGGAGAAGUACGAGUGGUACUUAGAUUUAAGGAGGCAUGGGACAGUGAAGCAUCCAGGAAUAAGCCUAAGGAUGGAGCAUAUGCUUCUGUUUGCGACAGGACUUCCUGAUAUCAAAGACGCAGUUCCUUUCCCUAGAAGUUAUGGCAAAGCAAACAACUAA